UUUUAAACAAAGAGAAUGAAUUGUAUGAAUUGGGCUAUUUUCUGUAGUCUCUGUGUCGGAUUUCAAAAUUACGUUUGUCACAAAAUAAAUUUAAUCAAUAAUUGUUAAGAAUUACUAAAAUUGUGCUCAAAUUAUGGAAUGGUAAAGAACGAUUCAAUGUUCAUGGCUUCAGUUAAAUUGAAUUCAAAGUAAUUCAUAAUGUAAAAAUUGUUAUUGUGAGUAAAAUAUACAAGAUGAGCAUCAGAGCUACAUUAGGAUUCACAUUUAUUGUCACUGCUAGUACAGCUAUAACAAGUCUAGUGUUGUACCAUGUCUUGACAGGAAGAGGAGAAAAAAUAAGUUUUGGUUGGUUCCUUGAAAACACUUCACCUCAUAUGUGGUGUUGCCUCGGAAUUGGCUUCUCUGUAGCUUUGUCAAUAGUAGGGGCUGCUGUAGGGAUCUACACCACUGGUGUCAGCAUUGUGGGGGGCGGUGUUAAAGCACCACGUAUUAAAACUAAGAAUCUCAUCUCCGUUAUUUUCUGUGAAGCUGUUGCCAUCUACGGUUUAAUCAUAGCCAUCGUCCUGUCGGGAUACUUGGAUGACUUUACAUGGGAACUGGUGUCUAAAGAUGACUUCUUAAAAUCGAGGAAUUGGCUGGCAGGGUAUCUCAUGUUUGGGGCAGGCCUAGCAGUUGGUUUGGUAAACUUAUUUUGUGGAAUGGCUAUUGGAAUAGUCGGAUCUAGUGCAGCAUUAGCAGAUGCGGCGAAUUCAGCUCUCUUCAUGAAGAUCUUGAUAAUUGAAAUUUUUGGAAGUGCUAUAGGUCUGUUCGGAUUGAUCGUAGGUAUAUUUCUAGUUUCGAAGGUUCAGAUGGGUAAUAAAAUACAUUAGGGAAGAUAAGUGAAACACCAAAUAUUUACUCUUGUUCUAGUCAUUAUUUUUUCUGUGUUCGUCUAAUUAAAUAUUUAUUUUUUUGUAAAAAAAUUGUAGAAGUUAUCUAAAAGAUAACGUAACUGUUAUAACUGUCUUUGAUAAUAUUCCCAAGCUUUGAACUACUGAAUUGGUUUAUUUGAGUGCUGCCGCACAAGAAAAAUAUGAUCAUGUGAGAAUAUUAAUAGAUCUGCUAUAUAUAACUUGGGAAUAUUUUAUGUUAUUAAGUAUUAUGUAGUAUUUAAUGUGUAUGUUACUUCCUCUGCGAUGGCAAUGUUGGAAAAUAAAUAAUUGCAUGUAAUGCAAUAUUUGAAAAGUUUACUAAUUAAAAAGAUAUUCUGUAUUUAAAAAAAUCUAUUAAGUAUUUACCAUAUUAAACUGGUAUAGAAACAAAAAUGUCGUAUACCUUUAAACUGAAAAGAACAAAAUUUCUCAUAGAGCCAUCAACCACCAAAGAAUAGUUUAAUGCUGAAAGCUAAAUAUUUGACUUACAAAAAAUACUUGUUGGUAAAUGUAUUGUUGUUAUAGUUUGUAUUAGAUGUACGCUUUAUGUACAUUUCUGAUUCCACGCUUAUAUAUCACAUGCACCAGAAUAAUAUAUAAUAUUCAAGUGCAUUAUAAAAUUAUUAAUGGGUAAUUUAUGAAGAAAAUUAAUAUCCGUAUACUAAUUAGAAUUGUGUAAAAAUUUAAAAUUAAUUUGAGAGUUCUAGUUCUUUUUAUCAUGUAGCUGUAACAAAUUUUAAAAGUUGACAAGAGUUUCUAAAUGUAUUUGAUUAAAACCUUUCUCUUUUGCGAAAAACAUUGACGAUUUAAUUUGUCCUGUUUAUUUUGAGUGCUCAAAGAAUCAUCUUUAGUGCUGCUAUAUUACGGCCUUUCAAUUUUCUUGAUAAUGUAGUUAAUUAUAAAAAUUGUUUUUUUUUGUACAUAUCUGUGAUCUGUUCAGUAUCUCGAUUUUUGUAUUGCAUAUAUUUAUUUUUUUUUUGUUUAAUAUACUUUAGUACCUAUAUGAAAAGUGUUUUUCAUUUCAGUUAUAAUCGUUAUCAAUACAUGAUUUAGAGCAGGGUGAAAUUUGUAAAUGACAAAUUCCAGGUACAUUUUUGAUAAUUUUUCAUGAUAGAAAUUGAAACGGAAUUCGAAAGUAAAGGCGAUACUAUUUAAAUAAAUUAAUUUUAUAAAUUUCUAAUCAUACGUAUUUAUUAAGAUCUAUGAUAUCUUAAUUCGAGAAACCAAUUAUACAUAUUUUUUAUUUGUACCUAUUUUCCUACGAAGUAUUACAAAUAUUAAGAUGUGGGAAUAACGAGAAUGAAAUAUUUUUUAAAUGUUCAUGCAUAAAUUAUUUAUUUACUGAUUAACCUAUACUGUUUUUUUCUUUAUGUGCACUCCCAAUACAUAAUAUAAAGUGUAUUAUAAAGCAAAUUUUGUAGUCGGUUUCUACUUCCAUUUAGUUUUAUUGGACCAAUCUAGC